UAUGGAUUAAUAAUAAACAGAGUAAGACAAACUUGAAUCAAUAGCUACUCCAGGAGUGUUAGAUAAAUAUUAAAAUGCUGGUAAAAUUGUAAAUGGUAAAUUUUUUAAUUGAUUAUUAAAUAGUUGUACUGGAAAAAGUGAUCACUAAAUUAUAGCCAGAAGCUGAUAUUGCUACUAUUUGUGCAUUUGGUGACUCAGAAAUUAAUGGAGAAUUACAAAAAGUUUAUAACAAGAAAGGAAUUGAAAAAGGUUUAGCAUUCCCAACAACAAUUUCUGUAAAUUAAAUUUGCGGUCAUUAUUCUCCAUUAAAGAGUGAAUCAAGUAAACUCGUUAAGGGUGAUGUAGCCAAAAUGUAAAUGUUAAUAAUAAUGUCCUAGUGAAUUAGGAGUUCAUAUUGAUGGAUAUAUUGCCAUUGCAGCACACACAGUAGUAGUAGGUGAAGAUUAAGUAGAAGGAUAAAAGGCAGAUGUCAUAUUGGCAGCCUAUUAAUCAGUCUAAGCUUUAUUCAGAUCAAUAAAACCAGGAGUCACAAAUACAUCUUUAACUAAAAUUAUUUAAUAAAUAUCAGAUGAUCACAAAUGUACACCAUUAGAGGGUGUUUUGAGUCAUGAAGUUAAGAGACAUUUUAUUGAUGGAAAUAAAGUCAUUAUCAAUAGAGAAACACAAGAAUAAAGAGUAGAUGAGGAAGAAAUCUAAGUUAAUGAUGUUAUUGUUUUAGAUGUCUAUAUUACAACAGGAGAUGGAAAAACAAAAGAAGUAUUAAAUAAUUUAAUUAAAUUAGUCUGAAUUAAGAACUACUGUUUACAAAAGAGCUUUGGAUAGAUAAUAUCAAUUAAAAACUAAACAUGGAAGAGCCUUCAUGUAAGAAGUCUAUGAUAAAUACCCAUCUUUAUGUUUCUCAUUAAGAUCAUUUGAAGAUGAAAUUACUGCUAAAUUGGCUGUUUAAGAAUGUGCUAAACAUGAAUUAUUAAACCCAUAUCCAAUUUUAAUCAGUCCAAAUAGUAUUGUAGCAUAAUUCACAAUGACUGUUGCUGUCUUAGCUAAUAGCACUCUUUAAGUUUCUGGACUUAAAUUAGAUGAAACCAAAUUUAAACCUGCUCAUGAUAUUAAUGAUGCAGCACUCAAAGAUUUAUUGAAAGUAUAUUAUACAAUUCUAAUGUUUCUAGUUACCUAUGGACAAGGAAUCACAAAAAAAAAGACAUUUAGAGUCAAAAUAAAAAGCUUGAU